AUGGAUGGUAGAAUUAGACAAAAAUGGAAUGGUGUAAAGAAUCGAGUUGCAAAUGCAUAUCAUGAUUAUGGAAGGUGAACUUUUGAUUUUUAAAAAAGUGGAAAAAAAAAAGAAUUUUCAUGAAAUUUGAGACGUGAACAUUUUAUUUUCAAAAAUAAUCAUUCUUGAAACUGCGCUCUAAUUUAGAUUUUGGUUUGUUGAUUUUCAAAUUAUGAUCGACACAAAAUUUCUUACAAGGAAUCUAAUUAGAUCCACCAUUAGCCUAAAAUGUCGAUGUUAAAUUUUGAAAAUUCAAAAUCACAGAUUUUUAACCCUAAACAGGACUUUUUCAGUUGUAGAUCUACAAUAAUAUUCAAAAUUUGAUUCCUCUUCAGAAAUCUCCCGAAAAAAAACAAUUGUUUUUUUUAUAUUUCAGAUUAUGUGCCGCCCAUCCUUUGGCAUGUCUCUCAAUGUCAUUGCUAACAAUGAUAGUUUUAUCAUAUCCAGCUGUAACCCGUCUUCGAUUACCCGUCAGCACUCCAAUUGAUAUUUAUUGGAGUGAACAUUUACAUGUUACUGAUAAAAUUGCACCAUCUUGGAUAAAUGAUAAUCCGGCUGCAUAUAUUCAACAAUUUGUUGUUUCAACUACAAUCGAUCCAUGGAAUUCGACAAUUUCGAAUCCGGAAAAAGCAGUUCGUGCUGCAGUCGCUUCAGCUUUUCGUAUUCGAGAAAUUAUAUUGGAUGAACCAAUUGUUGAUGAUGUUUGUCUUCAUCUUGUUCCACCAACUUCCAGAUGGCCAUUCAGAUCAAAAUCAGUUUGUUUAGUUCUAUCACCUGCUUCAAUGUGGUAUAAUGAUUUGCAAAAAUUCAAAGAGGUUUCAACUUUUUGGUUUUCAGAAAAAACCAUUCAUUACUUUUUUCAGGAUGAAAAUGUUAUUGAUACAAUUUUCAACGAAGAUUGCAAAUCCGAUUUUUGUAUGCGAGAUCUUUUACUUGGCGCUCCAAUUUCAGCAACAGGAAUCAAACGAAACUAUCAAACAAAUCGAAAAAGAAGUUGGUUUUAUUGAAUAUUUUUCAAUUUCAAAAAAUGAUUUUCAGCAAUCGAAUUCUCAAUAACAAUUUUCUUCGCAAGAUACAGUAAAUCAUUGCUAUUAAAUCUUCACAAAAAACUUGGGAGUCAUUUUGAAAUUAUUGAUUUACCGCCAAGCGACGAUUCAACAUUUGUUCAAGUUUAUUAUCAUCCUCUCAAACAAUUUUCGGAUUAUUUGCCAUUGAUUUUCACAUAUUUUUUAUGCAUGGUGAGAUUGGAAAGAAAGGGAGCGCCUUGAAAACAUUUUAUCUAUUUUUUAUUUUCAAUAGUCUAAAUCCUAAUGUGUCCUAAAUUCAAAAACGUCUAGAAUAAGCCAACAUAAAUAUGAAGCCAAAAUUGUUUGCAGAUAUAUUUGUAUUUUUCAUCUCGAAAAUUCCAAAUGGUUUCAUCUCGCUGGGGAUUAGCAUUUGCCGCUUCAUUCACUGUUGCUGCAACACUUCUGAUGACAACUGGAAUAUGUGCACAUUUAGAUUUGAGCACAACACUUUGGGGAGCUGAAUUAUAUCCAUAUAUUGCACUUAUUCUUGGAAUGGAGAAUUUGUUAUGUAUAACCAGGUAAACUUUUUAUUUUAUUUAUUUUUCAAUCGCAUUUUUGUUCAAAUUUUAGAUCAGUUGUUUACACUCCUCCAUCACUUGAUGUCUCUUCUCGAAUUGCACACGGAUUAUCACAAGAGGGUUAUAAAUUGACAAAGUAUUUUGUACUUGAGUCGUUUUUCAUUUUUUGCGGCUAUUUGACUGGUGUUUCGGAUAUUCAAGAGUUUUGUCAAUUUAGUGUGAUUUGCAUUAUUGUCGAUUUUUAUAUGCAGGUUUGGAAGUUUAAAAUUUUUCGGAUUUUUCGGAUAAUUCAAAGAUGAUUUGUUUUCCUUUUGCAUUAAUUCAAUUGCUGAAAUCAUGGCCCGGUUCAAAAAUUUUCCAAUCUGAAAAUAUUCCAGCUCUUCUUCUAUGCUCCAUGUUUGACUUUUGAUCUUCAACGAUUAGGGUUGGAAGAAAAACGACGAUUUGCUGAAAUUCUUUUCCAUGCUGAAAUACCGAGACUCAAAAAUUAUGGAGCUGUCAAGUAAGAUUACUUCCAAGUUUUCCUCUAAUAAUGAAUUUUCUUCCAGUUGUCCAAUGAGAAAAGUUUGGCCGAAAUUAUUUGAACUCAAGAAAAUCCAAAAACGUCGGUUAUCAGAUUCUGGAGUUGAUGAUUUAUUCAAUAAUCCUGAAGAUGCAAACAACAAAAAACAAAUGCAAAGAAGACUUUCGAAUACAAAAACAGAAAUCGAACAAGCUGAAGCUGAUAGUAGUAUUAGAAUGAAAUUAUUGUAUUUUAUAACUCGAACUCGAAUUAUUCAAAGAACAAUUAUGAUUGGAUUUGCUAUUUGGGUUGUUUGGUUGGCUUUUGUUGUUGGAUCAAGGAAAAGUGGAGAGGCUACAAGUUUGAGAAGUUCGUUUUUAAAAACAUUUAGUAGAUGUUCUUCCGUCAAAAAUGAAAAUCAAUUUCCAGAUGACACCCUCGAGAAUCUUGCUCAAUCUCAUCGUAUUUUAUCAGUUGCAAAUUUAGAAUACGGUCAUUGGCAAAGACGAACUUAUAAAUGGUGGCCACCAGUUGCUCAUGAAUAUAAUAUUUCACUAAAUUCAAGAUAUGUCACAUUUCUCCCGCCAAUUAUCAUAAAAUCAAAUGUUUCACCAAAUGAUCCAAUUUUGGAACCAAUAAUCAAUAAAGAACUAUCUUUGGAAGAUAAACAAGAUAUUGAAGAUACGGAAGCACCAAUUCUUCGAUCUCGAAUUGAUUGGCUUGAAAUGCAAUUAAAAAUGUAUUUAGCUGCAUUUUGGUUACUUCUUCUAACUACAGUCAUCACAUUUUUUGUUUAUGUUUGUCUUGGAGAUCGAUGGAAAAUUGGAGGUGUGAAAAAAGUGAAAGAACCAACAAAACAACAACAAAAAUCAUCAACGAAACAAUUUGUUGAAACUCUUCCGAUUGUUUUCAAUGCACAUCGAUUUCCAAUUGAAACAAUUGGAUUGGAUUCUGAAGAAACAUCAUCCGAUACAUUUUUAUCUUGUUGUCAAGAAGGAUUUGUUAUUGAAUGGAAUUGUUUGACUGGAGAAAAAAUCAGAAAAAUCAAUCGAUUGAGAGGAAUUGGAAAUCAACAAGAAACACAACCAAAAGUAUGGGCAAUUUCGAAAAAUAAUGAUAUUGCAUUAUUUGGAUGUUCUGAUGGAAGUGUUGAAAUUGCAAGCUUAUCAAGGAAUAAAUUAAUUGGAAUAUAUUCACAAUCAACACUUGGCAUAACACAUAUUAUAAAUGAUAAUAAGGAUAAUUUUGUUAUUGCAAGAAUCGAUGGAAUUAUUGAAUUUGUUCAUGUGAAAUAUGAAAGAGGAGAUACAAUUCGUGUUAGUGAUAUUAAAUUGUACAAAACAAUAUGUGGACAUCAAAAACCAGUUUCGAGAAUGAUUUUUUGGAAUAAUCAAGUUAUUACAUCUUCAUUUGAUAGAAGUAUUAAAAUUUGGAAUAUUGAAAAUGGAGAAAUGACUAAUGUGUUUCUGGCUCAUAAUGCGCCUGUUUUGAAUAUUGCAAUCGAUGACAAAAAUAAGGUGGGUUUUGGAAAUUAUCCCGGAAAUUUGGAUACAGUAAGACAGAUCUGGCCUGAUUAAAAAGCUGUCAUAUUUUCAGAUUAUGUUUUCAUCUUGUGAAGAAAGUGUUGUUUGUUGGUGGAAUUUAGAAACUGGAGCACAUAUUCGAUCGGUUGAUAAUAAUUGUAAUUGUAAGUUGUUGUUUCUCUUCAAAUUCCAAACCCCAAUAUCUAAUGCUAACUUCAAUAAUUUCAGGGUCUUUCCAAUUAACAACAUCUUGUGAUUAUCUUUUGGGAUUCUAUGGUUCAUCAAAUCUUCAUUUAUGGUCUCUUGAAACUGGUCAAUUAUCAUGUCGAAUAACAGAUGCAUCAAAUGAUGGACAAACAGAAGACACUUUAUAUGCAUCUGGAAAUAGUGGAGUUGUCACAUUUGAUAAUCAAAUUGCAGCAACAGCUUCUGGAUUUUCGAUAACAUUUUGGGAUUUGAAACAUCGUGCGAUUAUUGGAAAAACUAAACUCGCUGGAAAAAUUGGAGCAAUGAGAAAAUUGACAUCGAAUAGUGUUUUGUGUUGUGCUGCAAAUUUGAUGUAUUCGGUUACUGUACCUGUUGUACGAAUCAAGUAAAUAUGUAUAUAUUGUAAAAAAAAAAAUAUAUUAAAAAAAAUAUAUUACUCAGGGCGAGUUUUUUUUUCACUUUGCCAUACUUACAGUGCCUUAAUAACAUAAAAGAUUAUUGUGAUUAGAAUUAUUUUUUAUUAUUGUGGUUUUUGAGUUCUAUGAAACUCUGGUAUAUUUAUUCCUAAUUUUUGUUCAAUAUGAGAAACAAAAAAACAUAUUUUUUAGAAAAUGGCGACUGAAUAUCCAUUCGGAUCAUUUCUUGAUCAACACAGUGAUCAAUUAAAUGCAAGCGGUGUUCCUCCGGAACUUUGGCCUUCGCUUUAUUCAAAACUCGUUAAACAGACUUUCGAUGCUGGAGACUUUUUUCAAAUAAUUUGCGAGUUAUCGGAAAAUGGAGAGAAGAAUAUGAGUGUUUUGGCAUUGGAUGAUAUUCAUAAUGUUGAUGAUCAAAGGUUUGUUUUUUAAUUGAUGAUUGUAAAAUUUUGAAUCGGAACAUCUCUUGAUUUUGCAACAAAAUUUCUAUCUUUUUAAUAAAAUCUGAAACGAAAAAUGGAAAAGGACAGCUAUGAACAUGAUAAUUAGAAAUUCAAAAAUAUGAUUUAUUUCCAUUUUCAAGCAUCUUCCUCAUUGAUCAUUUAUUCACAUUCGAAUCUGAAAAUGCUCGAAAAAUCCUGGAAUCCAACGAAAAUCUGGUGAAAAGAUUGACAGAUUUAUUUGGUUUGGAUGAAGAAAGUGAUGAAAUUGAAGAUGAAAGUGUUGAAAAAAUAAUAACAAGUGAUGAAAUUGAGAAAAAGGCACACGAAGAGAAAAUAGCAGCUGGAGGGGAUACAACCAAUGUUGGCGGGAAUUUGCCACGUCAUGAAUCGAUUGAUGCCAGACUUGGAAGUUAUUCUCAAGAUGAUGAGAAAAAUAAAAUAAUUGAGAAAAUAAUGAAACAAGUUUGGAAAAACGCGUUGACUUAUUCGGUUAAGUAUAAUGAUGUAAGUUAGAGUAGAAUAUUUGGAAAUCAUAAAAUAAUUGGUUUUAGAAUGGACAAAUUGAAAACAAGACGUUAUGGUAUAUUAUGGAUGAAUUCGGUGCACGAAUCAAUCAUUCUUCUGAACCAAAUGUCCGUGUUGUUCCACUUAUGUUUUUCCCACAAGGUUGUGCUUAUAAUGUGAUGUUUUUGACAAAACCAAUCAAAAAAGAAGAGGAAAUUACACGUGAUUUUGCCGAGAAUCCAUUAUCAGCUCAGAAACCAGAAUGGCGGAAAUAUUUGGAAUUACCGUAUUCCGAGGAGGAUUUCACAAAUGAGUCGACAAUUCCUCCACAACCAACUGAUUCCUAUUUCACUUCUGGUAGAAAUCCAGAUGAAUUAGCCAGUUUGGAAGAUCAAGAAACUGCUCAAAGUGCUUUGUCAGCAUCAAUUCAUGUUAUGAAAUCAAGAAAAUUGAAGAUUUAUGCAGAUGACACACAACUUAUUGAAUUUUUGACGAAAGAUUUCGAAUUAGUUGAUGAUUGGAAAAAAGCUGAUGUUAUUUGGCAAUAUAAACAUUUUCAUAAUUAUCGGUAAGACAAUUUACAAAAAUAUUGUUUUUAUCAAACAAUAUAAUUUUCAGUGAAUUAUGCGAAUUGAAUCCAUGUGGAAUGGUCAAUCAAUAUCCAUACGAAUCUUGUCUGACUGUUAAAGACUUAUUAGCCGCGUGCGCAAUGAGAAAUCCCUCGAAAAAUAACUGGUAUCAAUUGACAUAUAAUUUGAAUACUCAAUUGCCCCAAUUUGUUGCAUGUUUUCAACAACGACAAAAUACUAAUCCAUCACAAAAUGUGUGGAUUGUAAAACCUUGGAAUUUGGCACGUGGAAUGGAAAUGUGCGUGACAGAUGAUUUGAAUAAAAUUAUUCGAUUAGUUGAAACUGGACCAAAGGUAAUUUAUUUUUAACUUCAAAUAUAUGUUAAAAUAAUUUCGUUCAGAUCGUUUGUGAAUAUAUUUCGCGCCCACUUUUGUUUCCUCGACCAGAUAAUGGAAAUCGUGUCAAAUUCGAUUUGCGUUAUAUUGUUUUUGUGAACAGUCUUCAACCUCUCACAGCUUAUGUUUAUAACAAAUUCUGGAUUCGAUUUGCUAUCAAGUUAGUUUCUUAAAAUCACUAGAAAAUUAUUCCUAUUUAAAUAAUCCAAAUUUUCCAGCGAUUUCACAAUGAGCAAUUUUGAUGAUAAUGAAACUCAUUUCACAGUUUUUAAUUAUACAUCUGGCGGUUCGAAAAUUCUGCAAAUGAAAUGCGAACAAUUUAUUGAGACAAUCGAAAAAGCAUAUCCGAAAUUGAAGUGGACUGAAAUUCAAAAUAAUAUCAAUGAGACAAUUCGAAAAGCUUUGGAAUGUGCAACAACUGAAAAUGCACCAAGAGGAGUUGCACCAAAUACACAAUCGAGAGCAAUGUAUGGAAUUGAUAUUAUGUUACAACAUGGAGAAGGAGGUGAGCUGCAAAGUUAAUUUUUUUUAUUAUUUCGCGAAUUUUCGCGAGUGAUUUUAUUUUCGAAAUUCUAUUUUUUAUUUUCUUGAUUUUUCAAAAGCGGCUUUGUCCCGCCAUAAAUUGUGUUAAUUUAUAUUUUCCAGACAUCAUCAAACCAACUCUUCUCGAAUGUAACUUCACACCGGAUUGUACUCGAGCUUGUCAAUAUUAUCCUGAUUUUGCUGACACUGUUUUCGACACAUUGUUCUUCGAUGAAAUUGAUCCAACCAAAGUUACUCAAAUUUAA